AUGAGAAAGGGAGAUUAAUGGGCAGUCCCAGAGUAGGCGGGGAAACCAGGGUAACUACAAAUACACAUCAGCCUCAGUGUAACUAGAUUAGCAGACACCAAGGGAUAAACCGCUGACAAAGACCAGCACGGACGGACUUUACGUUACAUUUGACAGAACACAGAUUCAACCAUGAGUAAGGACACGGAGAUAGACAUGAAGGAAGUGGAGCUUAAUGAGCUGGACCCAGAGAAGCAGCCCAUGACAGGCGAUGGCCAGGCCGCAGCCGGAGAGAAAAACGGCAGUGUCAAACUAAAGGUUCCCGAGGAUGAGGUUACAUUCACUGGCCUGUCCAAAGAUGAGCUGAUGAGGGUCGCUGGCACUCCAGGAUGGGUGCGAACCCGCUGGGUGCUUCUUGUCCUGUUUUGGCUCGGCUGGGUUGGCAUGUUGGCCGGAGCCAUCGUGAUCAUCGUCCAGGCCCCUCGCUGUAAACCCAUCCCUGAGAUGAACUGGUGGAACAAUGGACCUCUGUACCAGAUCUCUGAUGUUGAAGCUUUCUCUGAGGGACUUGCAGGCAUUGAAGCAAAGUUGGACGAAAUAAACCAGUUGAAGGUUAAAGGCCUUGUUCUCGGACCUUUCCACACUGUCCAGGAAAACCAGCCAGACACCUUGAAUCUUGAAGAGAUUGAGCCACAACACGGAGGAGAGGCUGACCUGAAAGCUGUGUUGGAGAAAGCCCACAAGAAGGGUAUUUCUGUGGUGCUUGAUCUGACUCCUAAUUACAAGGGAGCUGCUUCCUGGUUCAGCACUACUAAUGCUGAGACUGAAGUGAUUGAGAAAGUCAAGGCUGCUGCAGAGUACUGGCUUGGUCUGGGCGUUGAUGGCAUCAAGAUGUCUGACCUAGCUGUGGCAACAAAGUCUGCUGAUUGGAAUAUGCUCCAGGCUGCCAUCCAGGGCAACCGCACUGAUGACACCAAGAAAAAGGCUCUCAUGGGUGUGGUUAAAGAUCUUACGGCUGCAGAGGUGUCUGUGCUUGUCAACACCACUGGUGUAGAUCUUGUCCUGACCGACCUGCUGAGCAAAAACGGAGGUAAGGAGCGCAUCCAGGCCAUGGACACCCUCAACUCUCAGCAGAGAAGCGUGGGCUGGGGUCUCGGUGCUGCCCAAAAGGAUCAGAUCUCAAAAGCUACAGGUCUGAUCCAUCUUUACCAGCUCUUGUUGUUCACCAUGCCUGGAACUCCAGUGUUUACCUACGGCGAUGAGAUCGGCCUGUCUGCAGCGGGUGCAGAGUCUCCUAAGAUGGUUUGGGGCCUAGAGAAGAAACCCGCUGAAGGUGCUGCUGUUAAUGAGACUGCUGAGGCUGAGCGUGAGAAGCGACUCGCCAUAAAGAAAUGGUUCAAAUCUCUUAGCGAGCUACGAGGCAAAGAGCGCUCUCUCCUCCAUGGUGACUACUACAGUCUCUACUCCUCCAAUUCCUCCAUUGCUUUCCUGCGUCUGUGGGACCAGAGCGAAAGAUACAUAACAGGUGCUAACUGGGGAGCGACACCUGAGAAGCUCACACUCACACCUCAAGAAGGAGUGGAGUUACCAGAAACAGCCGAGGUGAAGAUGUCAACUGAUGAAAACUUUAAGGCGGACUCCAGUGUGAGCCUAAACGACAUCACUCUACAGCCUGGACAAGCCAUCCUGCUGAAGUUUCCUUAUUCAGGCUAAAGAUGGCGCCAAAAUAUAGACGAGCCACCUAGACAUAAGAGUCACUGAUAGGUAGCUCCUUAGAAAUGUGUAAGCUGUUUUAGUGGAGGAGGUAGGACUUAGUGAGUUUAUUUGGUCAGAACUGAAUUAGGUCAAUGAAAAUUUGCCAUCAAGAAAAAUGGUCAGUAAAAACUAAGUUUUCACUAAGUUAACAUUUUUUAAUUGGUUGUUUUUUUGUGUGUGCAAAUAUGCAGUCACAGAGACAUGCACUCAUCAGUUGAGCCUUUUUUUAAUCUUAAAUUCUGACUGUCAAAUUAUUAGACAUUCCACUCAUUGUUCUGGGCAUUCCUUUAGCAGUGUAGGAUUUAUUUAAUUGCAUUUUAAGAUUUGUUUUUCUUUUUUUUGCCACAAAAGAAAUGAACUUUGAAUGUAUGUGGAGACUUGUUUUUUUAAGAAUGCUACAUGACAAAAUGGUUUUGAAUGGCUGUUGAGAAAACUGAGAAGAAUAAACAGAGUUCUGUCCUGACUCCUA